UACGAAGAGGAAAUCAACAAAAGGACAGCGGCUGAGAACGACUUCGUGGUCCUGAAAAAGGACGUGGAUGGAGUCUACAUGAGCAAAGUGGAACUCCAGGCAAAAUUAGAUUCCCAGGCAGAUGAAAUCAACUUCUUGAGGUGUCUCUAUGAGGCGGAGCUGUCUCAGGUGCAGAAGAGCGUUUCUGACACCUCUGUGAUCGUCUCCAUGGACAACAACCGCUGCCUGGACCUGGACAGCAUCAUCGCAGAGGUCAAAGCCCAAUACGAGGAGAUCGCCAACCGGAGCCGGGUGGAGGCUGAGACCUGGUACCGGUGCAAGUAUGAAGAGCUGCAGGCCAAGGCAGGGAAACACGGAGACAGCCUGAAGGACACCAAGGUGGAGAUCUCGGAGCUGAACCGGGUGAUCCAGAGGAUUCGGGCUGAGAUCGAGAGCGUGAAGAAGCAGUGUGGAACUGUGCAGAGCUCCAUCGCCGACGCGGAGCAGCGCGGGGAUUUGGCCCUCAAGGAUGCUCAAACCAAACUGAACGGGCUGGAGGAGGCUCUGCAAAAAACCAAAACCGAACUGGCCCGGCAGCUCCGUGACUACCAGGAGCUGAUGAACGUCAAGCUGGCCCUGGAUGUCGAGAUUGCGACCUACAGGAAGCUGCUGGAAGGAGAGGAGUGCAGGAUGUCCGGAGAGUGCCAGAGCGCCGUCAGCAUCUCUGUGGUGGGAGGCGGCAGCCCCGGAAUGUGCCUCGGAGGAGGAGGAAUCGUCAGAGGCGGCUGCAACACGGGCGGUGCCGGCGUCUGCUACAGCCUGGGAGGGGCCGGGUUUGGCUCCGGGGGAGGAUUUGGGGUGGGAGGGGGAUUCUGUUCUCUGGGUGGGGGUAACUCAGUGGUGGUGGGGGGGUCAGGCCCCGUCCUGAAGAGGACCGUCUCCUCCACGUCUACCGGCCGGAGGUCUUAAGGAAGAGACCUCUCUCCCACACACCCCACACCCCCCCCCAGCACCCAGAGGAGAAAGGAAGCAAAUUUCAUCACAGCCACCACCUCCCCUUCCUUGCCUCAGUGGCAACUUCGUGUCAAACCUGCCCUGUCCUUUAGAAACUGCUCUGAGGAGUCCCAUGUGGCAACGUCCCCCAGUCCCUGACUCCAGUUUGGGACCAGUUUGCUCCCCUCCAGCCAAGCUGCUGGUCACUGAGGUGCUGGGACUUCUCUGGAAGCAGGAUCUUCUUGGGAAAAUCCCAAGCACAGCUGGGAGAAGGCUUGAAGAGCAGUGUGGGCUGAGGCUGAGGUGUCCCACCAGCCCAGGACGGAGGGGACGGGGCCUGGGAAGCCCGUGGGGACUUUUGGCUUCUGUCAAGAUCUUGUCCUGGAUCCAACUCUGGUGCAAUUUUAAUCCCUGCUGCUCAGCAGCCGGGGCUGCAACUCCAAACCAAGGAUUUCCUAAUGGUGACUAGUGCCAGCUGAAGACAUUUCUUACCCCACUGCAGACUUUUUGGUGUGUUUCCCCUCCCCUCCUCCUCCCCCCCCCCAAAUGAGAUCCAGGCAGUUUCACCCCCAUCCUUUAAAACUGUUGUAAAAUGUUCCCUUUUGCUCAGGGUUUACCUUUUCCUUGUGAUCCCGGGAACAAUUGUGCUUCUUUGUUGAAACCUUUCUCCUUUGGCAUGUGGCA